GCAGCAUGGCAACCCAACCGCCACUGCCACCACCUCCGCUGCCGCCACUACCGCUGGACCUCGUGCAGAACACAGAGUUUCCGCUAGUUCCACCAGAUGAAUCCAGUUCUUCGCAGGCCUUGGCGGCAAUGCUUACAUCCAUUGGACGCCCUGCAGUCGUCGUGGGUGUGAUCGGCGAUCACGUUGACGCGGCAACUCAAUUUGCCAACCGCCUUGUCGGGCAUCAGGCAUUUACGACGUUCUCCACGGCAGUAACCUCCAUCAGAGUCCGAAUGUUUUACGACGAGUCGCGGAACAUGAUCCUCCUCCUCGGUACUCACGCACCACCACCCGAUUCUACGUGGUCCACGGCGUCGUCAGUUCACGAGGCGUCCGUGCGGUCCCGCCGCAAUCACAUGCAAAUGCAAUUGCUUCUGUACUCUAGCUCCCACGUACUUUUUGUCGUCCACGACCACGCGCGGGUGAGCACAUCGCAGACGCAGCAUUUCCGCUCGCUUUCCUCUGCCAAGCACCGCCUGGUCCAUCUCCUCAAACAACCAAAGUCGUCCAAAGCUUCCGCCGCGUUUCCCUUGGCUCCAGGUCGAUCCGUGCCCGUCACAUCCUUUGUCUUCCCCGUGGACACUGGUCGUAAACUGUCUCGGCCACAACUGGCCACGUUUUGCAAAGCUAUGGAGUCCCGUCUCCAGGUCCUCCUCAAACCCCUCCGCGGCGGCACCGUCGCCACUGUCCGCGCCAAAGACGCCUCGAAUAACAACAAGGAGCGGCGUCUCUUCGUCAUGGACCCCUCCCAUGUGGUGGUGGCGGUGCCACGGAAGCUUGCGACGGCAGACGGCGACCUCCUCGCUCGCAUGGCGGCGGUCCUCGACAGCGUGAGCGUCAAGUCUCCGCCGUGCCCCCUCGACUUGAAGCACAUGCUCAAGCCACUAGACGACGAAGAUACGAUUGGCAUGCCCCACGCCAUUCAAUUUGCAACCAAAUGGGUCGACCACAUCCUGCACGACACUGUGGCCAUCAAAGAACUCCUUCCCGUGGGCCAAUGGAUCCGUCAAUUCCAAGCGCUGGCCACUCUAGUCGUGGCCGACAACGCCAUGUUGUUUUCCGCCCCAACAGCCCCGUCAUCACACUUGACCAACCCCCCAAACGACGACGACUUUGUUGUUGUGCAUGGCGAAGUCCCAUAUGACAGCGCGAUGCAAGCGUUGGACGUGUUUGGGGCCUUUGCCGAGGAUCAAUGCGCCCGGGAAUUGGCUGCCGCCAUCAAGCGAUACAAGCUUGAAAAACCAGACAAAAUCAAUCGAAGCCUGCAUGACGCUCGAGUGCAGCGCACGGUCGACGCGUUCCACCGACGCCUGGGCCCGUCCAACCCGUUUCUUGCGAAAUACAGUCGAGCCCUCGUAGACGCUUGCAACGCAAUAUGGCACCACUGACGUACUGCUACUAACGUUAGUACAAUUGUUGGUGCAAGAAAGUCUCACCAGAUUGCUGUCCAACUAACUGUUAACUAUUUUAUGCGUCCUACUAGUAAUACUAUAACAGCCUGAUCCUUUA